GAGAGCUGUGAUUGGUCACAGCUUGUCACAUGGUACAAGGCUGUUGUGAAUAGCCUUGUACCAUGUAAACUCUGUGAUCAUUCACAGAUUUCACAUGUAGCAAGCAAUGAUGUCAGAAGUGACAUCUUGCUUACUACUAUUCAUGUGAUCACUGAUUGGCUAAUCAGUGAUCACAUGAUCGGGACCUCACACAGAGGUCCCGUACAGUGAUCAAAUGAUAACACGUGGCAUCUUGCUGUGCCUAUCCUUAGGCUGGCCAUACAUGGGUCGAAAUUCGACCGAUUUUUCAUCCAA